AGGAGGAGGAAGACGACAGCAAGGAGGAGACAGAGGAGGAGGUAGACAGGGUUGAAGAUGGAGAAGAAGUGUUCGCAAAACCCCAAAGAAGCUCAACAGGCUACAGCGUAAAAAACCUGCAGCCGGACCCCAGCCUGGAUCGCAGCUACAGUCGCCUCUUCUCCGCCUCCUGGGGGGUCUACGAGGAAGAAGAGCCUUCCUCCUUACCUUCAACUUCUAAGACCCACCCCCCUCAAUCCCACCAACACCAGUCCCCUGAUAAGCCCGCCCCUAAACUGUCCGGCAGAACUUUGCUUCAGUCUUCAGCGAGCGUAGUCGACGAGCUUUCUCUGAGCCCUCCACCCGGUGUCUCCAGCCUACCCCUCCCGGGUCAGUCCCCUGGUCCACUGGGCGACCGCGGCGGCGGAGACGAGGGAACAGACGGUCUGGCUUUGACGGGGGACAGCCGAGGACCCCAACGCGUUUGUGUCCCUCUUUCUCCCGAAUCGCCUCGGGAAAAGAAGGAACCCGAGCUCAUAGUUUUGUCCGACUCAAGCGAGGAGUCGGAGGUCGUGCCUAGUCCCCGCGGUCCUCCGCCACGUUCCCAUCCUCUCGCCGUCCACAAACCGCGGAGCUACACCCGGGUCAAACCCCGGCCGAGCCCGAGAGCUGAUGAACCCACGCCGGAGAAUAAGCGGUCCAGGAGCUCAGAGUUGAGUCCUGAUGAUCCAUCUGCGGCGCCGGUCCACGGUCCUCAGGGUCCCUGGUGGGAGCAGGCUCCAGCAGACUGUUCUCCGGAAGUGUCCUGGCUGAUCCCGUCCACGCCGCUCCAGCCCGGAAGAAGCCCCACAACGACCAGCUCCACUCAGACCAAAAGCAGCAUGUGCAGGACACAGCUGUUCCCUAAAGGGCACACCUCCUCGCCGUCAGCCUCGGUUUUCUCUCCUCCUGCUUUACCGUUGAACAACGGGCUGCGAACCUCCAACAGUCCGACCGGAGUUUGUGCCCACGUUGGCCCAACGGAGGACCGCGUUCCCAAAUUGAACCUGAACGAGACCCGUAGCUCCAGCUCGGAUCUCAACUUCUGUUCUAAAAGAGCAAGUAGUUGUGAUGUGAGUAAAGCGAGAGGAGUUUCUGCUCUCCCCCCGUGCCGACCCGACGUCUCAAAGAAGGACACACCUGUCCACGUGCAGCCCCGUCCUUACAGCAGCACUCCUCUGCACACAGAGCGCCACAUGGCCCCCGCUCCUCCCGUCGGCUCCCCGCUCCGCAGCAACCUCGAUAAGAGCUGGACGAGUCCAGGAAGGGAUGGGGCGCCACCGGAAAGCCCGGAGAAGACAGAGCUAGGGAGCUUUUAUCUUUCCCCCGUGUCUGAACCUUCAGAUCCGCCCUCGUCUUCCUCUCGCGAAGGUCCUCAAAGUUCACAGAGGCACAGCGCGUCCUCUAGUCGUAGCCCCCGCUCGGUUGAGUCCAGCAGUCACAACAGCACGGGGCCUGAGCUCAAGAGAAGGGGAAUAAGAAAUCAGAAGGUAGGGGAGAUUGAGUGCGAAAAUGAAGCCACGGGUGACGAAGGAGGGCGGGACAAAGCGGAAGCCGGAGAGGCAGAAGUUGCUGAAGCCAGCUUCCAGCAGAGCUUCGCGGCCAUGGACGAGCCUCCCAUAGCGUUCAACGACUCGUGGGGUUUCGACGGCUGCGUAGACGCGGAGGCCCACCCGGGCUGCUUCAGCCUGAGGCUGGAGGACAGCGGCGCGUCCAGCCAGCAAGGCGAGCGCAGCCUGGGACAAGGAGGUCCAGCCGGGUCCUCCUCCUCGACCGGCCGCCAGCCUUCGCCGGCCAGUCCCGCUGUCCGUUUAUCGGACAGCCACGGCGGUGUGGCGGCCUCCUCUCCAUCCAAAGGCCACAGUACGCCACCCACCGCCAGCGUACGGGCUCAUACGGGCCUUUCCUUCCCCCCUCUACCACCUGACCCCCACACCGCGCCAGAGAGGAUCCACAGCCUCCUGGACUCCAAAAUAUGGGACAGCUGGGAGGAGGAGGAAGAGGAGGAGGCUCUUCCUCUCUCUCAGAGGGUGAACCCUGCUGCCCAGCUCAAAACACCAACAUCAUCGCACAAUAAAAGGCGUCGCACCUUGGUGGCCAUCACCCCUCUGCCCCACUACUCUGACAUGGACACACCGGAGCUCAAGAACAAGCUCACCAGGUUUGGUGUUCGGCCUUUACCGAAGCGCCAGAUGAUCCUCAAACUGAAGGAGAUUCACCAGUACACCCACCAGCUGGUCAGCUCCGACUCUGAGGGAGAGGCACCCUCGGCGGGCCUCGCGGCUCGGACGAGGCACCCGCACACCGGUUCGGAGGUUCCUGGCAACAGGCCGGCCUCCUGCGCCCAGAGAGUGACUUUUAAAGAGCCCAGAGCGCCUGUUGGCGUCUCCCCUCGGAAACCCCACCGAGAGGAGGAGGCAGAGCUGCUGUCUGCCUCGCAGGGCUCCAACACCUCUUCCACCGCCGCCAGUGAAGAAUCUGAAAGGUCCAACCCGGAGCUGUGCCUCUCCUCCGACUCAGACAGCGAUGGCGGCAUCUCUGCCUCCCAGGCAGUGAACCGCCUGCAGGACCGCCUCCGGGCGGUGCGCUCCUUAAUCCUGUCGGACCCCCGCCUGUACGGUCAGAUCCUCCAGUACCAGCCUCUGGUCUUGUCCCAGCUCCAGGAGCGACUCAAAGCAGCAGGGAUCCGCCUGGGUGCCGCCAAGCUGGUGGACUACCUGGACUCUCAGUGCAUCACCUUCACCACGGCCAAAUCGGGCCAAUUGGCACCCGGCCGUAGGCGGGGCAAGAGGACGGCCAGGGGGGCAAAAGCAGCAGGGGACAGAGGAGGGGGCAGGAAAAGAGCUGUUACAGCCAUGAUUUGAAAAAAAAAAAAAAAAGGUUUACGUCCAAACUGUGAUGACAGGUGGCAGGUUUUAAAGGUGCCCUGCCACACAAAACCGUUUUUACUUGCAUUUUUUGAAAUAUGUUAAGUCCAUAUGUGUUUGGG